AUGACGGAGUCCGAAGACUAUGAUAUAACCUGGACAAUGCCACACUGUGUCCUAACAUUGAAGCUGAUUGCUCUUGCAUUUGAUUUAUGGGAUGGAAAGAAAAUGUUAAGAGGACUGCCACUUUCAGAAAACAAUAGAUUAACAGCUCUUAUAGAUACACCGACAUUGGAAGAGUUAAUCGGAUUUAUAUACUUCCCUGCCUGUUUCUUGGUGGGUCCGAUAUUUUCAUUCAGAAGAUACCUUGAUUUCAUAACAGACAAAUUCCCUGUUAACUUAGAUCGCGAAAUCAUAGCAAGUCGAGCCAUGAAACGACUCUUGCAGGGCUUGGGCUACUUGAUUGCAUUCCAAGUUGGAACCUCCUGCAUUCGCUUCGGCCUUUCAUUCAACGGCUACGUGAAGAAGUCUCCUGAAGAUAACCUGGUAUCAACGUGGGACGGCUGUAGCAACAUUAAGCUGAUGCGGUUUGAGGGUGCCACCAAGUUCCAGCACUACAUUGACAGCUUCAACUGCAAUACCAACUAUUUUGCCGCUGAGUAUGUCUACAAACGGCUGAAAUUCCUCGGUAACCGUAACCUAAGUCAAUUUUUCACGUUGCUAUUCCUCGCCCUCUGGCACGGAACACGGUCUGGCUACUACAUGACCUUUUUCAACGAGUUCAUUAUCAUAUACAUGGACAAGGAGUUCGAAAGCAUAAUAUCUAAGACCAAUCUCUAUAAAAAACUUUGGGCCUCGAAAGCCAAGUACUUGCUGUACGCGUUCCUUAAAACGUACACAAUUGUUUUCAUGGGAUGGAGUUUGAUACCGUUUGAUCUUAAAGUGUUCUCGAAAUGGUGGCAGCUUUAUGCGACUCUGUAUUUCUCCGGCUUCAUAGUGUUCCUUCCAUGGGCUUAUGUUUACAAGCCGGCUCUCAAUAAACUAGUGAAAUGGUACACACCAUCCCAAUAA